AUGCUGCGGCAGUUCCAGGCCGCGUACGAUGCAGGAGUGGAGGACGAGGAGUCAUUGGGGGAGCAUGUGGCGAUGUAUCUGCAGAGCUCCGCAUUAGUCGUACCGGCAGAAGACCUCACGUGGGUAUGGGAGCUGCUCGUAGCGUCGAGGCAGUCGUCGUCGUCGUCGGAGACUACUGCCAGCGACACAUCUGACCCAUUGCUCAUGGACACACCUGUUCGCCGACUGAGCUCUGCCGUGCGCGCGAUGCUGCAACCGCUUCCAUUGUCAUCCGUCCACGCGAACAUGCAGCACUUUCACGGCCUGCCGUCCGUCUGCAACGUCCUUCUCAGCGUGUGCUUCUCGGCCCACACCGCUCACAAAGUUCUAAGUGUCCUACUUGAGACCCUUCUGCCAGAUUACCACGUCGCGUCCAUGAGUGGGUUCCGCGUCGACUGGAAGAUCGUCGACCUCACCCUUGCUCGGCUCGACCCGGCCCUCAGUCGGCACCUUGCAGAACACAACGUGUCCAUUGAAGUGCUUUGUUCGCAGUGGUUCUUUUCCAUGUUUGCCGAUGCCUUUCCGUCAGUCGUGACAACCCAACUUUACACGUGGGUCCUCGCGACGUCCUCCAAAGUGCCGCCGUCGGCGCCAUCCAACUGGCUCGUGGCCACCGCCCUCGCCCUUCUCCUCUUUGUCGGCGACGUGCUGCAUGGAGCUGCCGACGCCACAACCGUGAUGACGCUGCUGCAUCACUUCAGUCAUGUCGUGCUCGCGACAGACGAAGACAUCCGGCGCAUCUUUCAGUCGUGGAUACAUGCGUUCCACCUCCAUUUUCACGAUGCAUUGCAUGCAUGUCGAGUGGACAUCUCGCUGGAGGAAGAGGCCCUGCCCAGACGCAUCUUUGUCGGAUGGCGACACCCUCCGACGUCUCCUUCGACCCCUUCGUCCGUGCCACCUGAACACGCACGGCAAGAACAAUGGCAGCGCGUUCUGCUUGAACGCGGGGCGGUAGUAGGUACUACUAGGACUGCUAGUACUACUAGUGGUACUACGGUCGUGGGGACCGAGGUGGAGGCUGCUGUCGAUGCCGACAUCCCACGAACGUCGCAAGCGCCACAUGCCGCGCAAUGGCCAGCCUUGCGCCAUGUUCUCGUUGCAUUUGCAUGUCGACAUCCCCACAUUGGCUACUGCCAAGGCAUGAAUGAGUUGGCGGCGGUGCUGUUGCGGGAAGUUGGUGACGACGUGGCGGUAGCGUUGGAAGCGCUGGCGUACUUGGUGGAUGAAGUGUUUCCGCACUAUCACAGUCCGUCUCUCCUGGGGCUGCAUGUCGAUUGCGCUGUCAUCGAGACGCUGGUCCAUCAGAACGACCCGCAUCUCGUCCAUCACAUGCAGUCGCUUGGGCUCAACAUGGAAAUUCUGUGCACGAAUUGGCUUAUGGCGUGCUUUAUCACCACGGCGCCACAUUCGUUCCAUAUGAGUCUGCUCGACAUGCUGUUCGCCGCCGAGUCCGCCGACGCCGCCUCGGCCGUCGUGGUCAUGACGUCCGUCGCCAUCUUCCUCCAUCUCUCCUCCUCCCUCAUCCAUCAACAUGACACGGGUGGCGUCCUCCAUGUUAUCAAGCGCUUCCUGGCCUCGCAAUCAUCGUCUCCACCUGAAUUUCUAUCGGUGGUUCGAACGCUCCUGCGGCAACUGCCCUUGCAUGAACUGCGCAUGAUGCGGGAAGUGCACGGCGCCGCCGUCCAUGACAAGCAGGCGGCGUUUGAAGCCAAGAAAGCUGCCAUCAAAGCCAUGUCCACCGCUGGGACGCGGCUGUCAUCUCCGCCGCCACCGCCAAUAUCAUCCUCCUCGUCUUCGCGCUUCAAGCGCUUUCUCGGCGGACAUGCAUUGAAAAAGGCGCCGCCACUGCCGUCGCUGUUCAGCAUGAGGCGACAGGACGAAGGAGAAAAAAGUCGCUGGGGGGACGAAGUAUACGAAGACGAGGAUGCUGACAGGGAAUGGGACUUGUUGCAAAAUCAACUGCAGCACACGAAUAACCUCUUGGAAGAUGACGCGAUCGAUGCUGUGGAAUGCGCGCACAUCAAGGAACGGAUCAUCCACACAUGGUCGGCCGCGAGGCAUACCCCCGCGCAUGCCCAAACGCGCGUGGACCUGUUGAAAGCGGCGUUGUUUGUGUCCCCACAGCAAUCGCAACCUUUGCUGUCCAGAAGCAAGACUGCAUCCGCGUUGGUGUCCCGACACACGGCACGGGCUCGCGCGAGUCUGCAAGCGCUUGGAGUCAAGUGGCGCUCGCGGUCUCCAUCCAAGCCAAGCGACAUCAGUAUCAUCAGCGACAGCGGGAGGAAGAAGACACCGCUCAGCCCCACGGCCCUGCAGCUGAGCGAGAUCGCGGACUCGUACUACGGAGGCGACCUCACCCAUGACCAGCGCAUGCGACGGAAGGCGGACUUGAUCACCAAAAGUUUGUUUCCGGACGACGACAGGUAUCCGGAUAACGACGAGUCAUAA